AUGAUUGUUGGUCAAACAAUUGCAAAAUGGCCGAAUCUAGAAAAUGAUACAUUAAUAUACAUUGCGAACCCCAUUGAAGCGAAGUUACCAGGCCACUGGUUACCGUUAAGUGUUGUCAAAAAAAUACUCGGUGGUACAUCAACGGUGGAAAGUCAACCAGAAACAACAACAAUUAAAGAAUUAUUGACAACAGAAAAGUUGAAACUUAAACCGGCUGUUCCUACUGAAACUACAAUAACUGUAGCAGAAUCAACAGAACCUCCAGAACAAAAGCUGAAGUCAACUUUUGAGGACACAACUACAGAAUCAUCACCAUCAGACGACCAGAGCUCUCCACCAAGUACCACUGAGACUCCAAUAACUAGCCCGGAGACGCCCGCAGCUGUUCCAGAUUCUACUACAAUACCUUCAGAAGCUCCAACAACCACUCCUGAACCAGCUACUGAACCAGCUACUGAACCACCUACGGAACCACCCACUGAACCGCCAACGACUCAAGCCGAAAAGAAAACACCCAGAAGAAAGCAAAAGCCAUCUACAGACACACAUGACAAUGUAAACGCUUAA